CAGCGCAGACCAUCAUUUGAUCAUCCAUCAUCUGCACCUCAACCUCUGUGUCUCUCCAAUACUUCUAUCGUUCCAUCAACGGCAGCCUCGCCAGAAACGGCAUUGAUUCUCCUUCUCUUCUUUUACUUUCACCUGUCUCUAUUUCCCUUCUGCGCCCUCCAUCCUUUGAACCCGUGUCACCAUCUCUUCGCCUUUUCCUCUCAACAGUCUUUACCCACCUCCAAUUGGAUCUGAAGAUGCCUCGCUCUUUCUCGGGCUAGCGAUCCACCAUCACACUUUCUUCUCCAAGCUUCAACCUCCAAUAUGCCUCGCGAAACGUGGGCCAAACAGUCCUUGGGUGCCACCCAUCGUCUUGUCAAAGAGUCCCGCGUUCUACUGGUCGGCGCAGGUGGCAUCGGCUGCGAACUCCUCAAGAACCUCGUCCUCACUGGCUUCGGCGAAAUCCAUAUCAUUGAUCUAGAUACGAUCGAUCUCAGUAAUCUCAACCGUCAAUUCCUCUUUCGACAUGAACAUAUCAAGAAGCCCAAAGCCAUCGUGGCCAAAGAGGUUGCUCAAGCCUUCAACAAACAUGUCACCCUCGUUCCCUAUCAUGCCAAUAUCAAAGACAAACAAUUCAACCUCGAAUGGUUCUCCUCCUUCAAUCUUGUUUUCAACGCCCUCGACAACAUGGACGCCAGAAAACAUGUCAAUAAAAUGUGCCUCGCUGUCGAUGUUCCGCUAAUCGAAUCAGGAACUACCGGCUUUAGAGGCCAGGUUCAGGUCAUCAAAAAAGGCCAGACCGCAUGCUACGAUUGUACCUUCAAAUCCACCCCUGUCACAUACCCUGUCUGCACAAUCCGGAGUACACCCAGCCAGCCAAUUCAUUGCAUCGUUUGGGCAAAGAGUUAUCUCCUUCCAGAGCUCUUUGGAACUGCAGAAGAUGAAGCCCCCGACCUUGACACCGCAGAAGAUUCAGAAAAUGCAAAAGAGAUCCAGAAAUUGAAAGAGGAAGCACAGGCUCUGAAGAAAAUUCGCGAGUCUAUGGGCUCUGAAACUUUUGCAAGACAGGUGUUUGACAAGGUCUUCAGUGAAGACAUUCAAAGACUGGCCAACAUGGAAGACAUGUGGAAAACCAAAAGUCCCCCACAGCCUCUUUCGUGGGACUCUCUCGAACAAGAGGCUUCGUCCGUCCCUCUCACCAUCCUAGAACAGAACCAGACCGUUUGGUCUCGCGCAGAAAACUUUGUCGUCUUCAAGGACUCACUUGAGCGACUGGCAAAGCGACUCGCUAAUGAUCAAGCCGAAGCCAGCAAGGCCAACCUCCCCGCCCCUCUCAUCACUUUCGACAAAGACGACGACGACACCCUUGAUUUUGUCAUCGCCUCUGCCAAUCUGCGCGCAAUCAUCUUCGGAAUCGAUCCAAAAUCAAAAUUCGACACCAAGCAAAUGGCAGGAAACAUAAUCCCCGCAAUCGCCACCACCAACGCUAUGGUUGCCGGACUCUGCGCAAUGGAAGCCUUCAAAGUCCUCAGGCAAGAUUUCGCCCGCACCAAAUACCUCUGGUUGAGGAACGGCUCUUUAUCCACCGACCAACUGGAAAAACCAAAUCCCGAAUGUCCCGUCUGCAAUGUUGUAUCCGUCAUAGUCCAUGUUGACUUGGAGAAGGCGACCUUGAAAGAUCUGGUCCAUGAUAUCCUGAAGACGAAGCUCGGCUACGGAGAAGAGAUCACCGUCAUGAACGAUGCAGGUAUCAUCUAUGAUCCUGAUCUGGAAGACAAUCUUGAGAGAAAGCUGACAGAGCUGGGAAUUGAUGACGCUAGCUUCAUACUUGUCAAGGAUGACGAAGAUGAACCACGAGUGGACCUGCAAUUGGCCGUUCUGGCUAAACAGGCGACAGAAGGUCAAAAUCCAAUUGCCAUUGCUGAGAAAGAAGGCCAUACCGUUGAACUCCCCAAAAAGCCAAAGAAAGAUUCGUCCGCCUCAGCAACUGACGUGCCUAAGAAUGACGGCGCGGAAGCAAGUAUGACCAACGGGAUCAACGGGACAAAUGGGAACGAUGUUUCGGUCAAUUCAACAACCAAGAGGAAACGAGCUCUCUCUGACGCAGGAGAGAGUGGCACUCCAGUAGCCAAAAAGCUUCAAGGCGCAGUGGGCCCAGCAGCCACUAAUGAUGCUAUUGUGAUUGAUGAGGAUGAUGGUACUCUUGUGAUUGCGGACGAUUAGAAUGGGCCAGAGAAUGGAAGAAAAUUCAUGAUACCCCAGCAGGCGGAAUGAUUUGCUGAACCUUGGAUGAAUGACUGGAGGAUUCAGCACAUGAUGCUUCGUGGACCCUUUGGAAGUCCUAGCAUCAGCUUGGAUAGACCAAGGUGGAAAGAUUCAAUAGACACAGAAUCUCAGAGACACUGGGCCUUGCAGUGCAGAUAUAGCUUUACAGCUCCUAGGACAACCUUGAGAGCCUGUACAAUACAAGCGCUUUGACGCAAAUAACAACUGAGGAUGAUUGAAGUUGAGUGAUGUGGCUGAUGGGGGUAGAGUUUUGUCAAAUUAUACACAUGUCAAU